AUGCUCUUCUUGCUCAUGCUGGUCUCCCUUCAUAAUUAUGACACAGAGAUAGCAUACCCUGAUGACUUCCUUAAGCAAGAUCUGGGGGUGUGUCUUCAAAGUCUGAUGAAUGGAACCGCGAUCUAUGGUUCGUGUCUUUUCGUUUUGCAAGGAUUCAGUCCUAAUCUUGAAAAUCCCCUUUGUGCAAGCUUUCAGGGAGAGAUCCUUCUCCACUUCCUGACGUCGAAUCGUGAUCAAAUUUUGGUAAUGCUGGAUUCGUACAACGAUACUAUGCUUAUUGAUUUCUUCUCAUGGCACGAUGACGACUCACACCGCAAUUUGUGUGAUGUCUCCUACAAGUCAGGCGUUCAUAUAUCUGUCUCGAGCGCUACUUCUCAGCUACUUGCGUCCCGACAGAUUAUGACGUUGAAGGUCGACAGUUAUAAUUAUCGGGAUUGUUUUUCCAACGACCAAACUCUCGAUAUCCUCAUGGAGAAGUCCCGAGUUGUGUUUCUUGCCCAGCUGCACCCGUCUUACAAGUGCUCCAUGAUACCUAUGAGUGCAAUCAUAGACCAUCACCUCACCCUCAUAUAUCUGGACAGCUCCACCAACAAGCUCAGAAAGUUCUUGCAGAAAUCUAUCAAGCCCACGUCUUCUAUCCUGACCGAUGCGCUGGUUACUUUUCAUUGUGAAGAUGAGUGCACCUCCAACUACUACUCUCUUGUUAGCAGUCCGUUUGUUUUCCUGUACAUGACCUUCAACAUUUCUCUUGGAAACAAGUAUGCAAUCUUGACUAAUCGGCUUUUCGGCUUACGCACGGUUAACUACUAUGAUUGCUUCUCCAAUGUUCGAGUGGUAAUAUCAACAAAGACUAUCUCUGUCUACAUAUCUAGGACCAUCUCUGCAGCCUGUCCCUUCACUAAGACUCAUGACAAUGUGCCCAUUUACUCCUUGUCGCCAGAGCUUCUGAUAUUUGGUUUUAAGAGCCCAUUAGAGCCCGCGCGAUUCGUGUCCCCAGUUGCACUAAACUUGGUAGACGGCAAAGGGGUGCUUGUAUACAACUGCUCGACAUGCAUAUCGAUGAUUCACAAGGGAAAGACGACGCUGAGAGUCGCCGAAGAACUAUUUCAGUCAUCACUUAUCUCUGACUUUAUUUUGGCAAUGCACCUAGGCGGCGGCUCCAUAGAUAUAGCUAGGUACCUUGUCAACAUUGUUGAACUGGUCGACUGGGACACAGCGUCUGUUACUGUGACAUCCUUCAUGUUGAUGUUUAACGCGUCUAACACUAUCCUGCGUGAAAACAGCGCCAUAGGUACUGAUUGCACUCACAUCCGGCUAAUCUUCGCCCCGAAUCGUAAGAUUUUUCAGGAUAUUUUCUUUGAGAGUAUCGAAAAAGAAAACAUCACAGUUCUCAUGCCUUUACAGAAGCAAACUGAGUCACUCUUUGCGAGCAUGAGAUGUUUAAUUUCAUCUUCUUCCACCACGGCCACAACCAGUGAUUUGUGUCAAACUAUAAUAAGUAAUUUGAACUCACAGGCUAGCAUGGUAUAUUACCAGCUCAUGAACAACACUAGAGCCUGUGGAAAGGUAUAUCCCAUAGACGAGAUUAUAAUAAGCAAUAUAUUCGGGCCCAACUUCAAGCUGUAUGGGAUUGUUUUGGGGGUGUUCUUUAUGGCCAUUACUUUUCUUUUUGUGUGCCUCAUCGCUGUUGAGCGACAUAACAGCGUCAGCAAACCACAAGAGCCUCAAGAGUUUUCAAAUUCUUAA